AAUUAUGCAUUUUGAUUAAUGUUUAAAUGGGCUAUUUUAAAAAAUUACUGUAGGUGCAGACUCCCUCACGCACAAUCCCUAAACUCUCUCACAAAAGAGAAGAAAGAAAAGGCCUAAUCGAAAAUCCUAAUCAUCCAAUGUCCGCCGCAAGAUCCGUGUUCCGCUCCGCGUCAAAGUUCUCCACCGGUCCCAAACCUAUGCCGGCGGCAUCACCUCGGUCUGCGUUUGGGAUGCCUAAACAGAGCCCUCUUUCAAACCGCAUUUUCAGAUCUCCGGUAGAACUGAGCUGUUGCGUGGAGACGAUGCUCCCUUACCACACUGCCACUGCUUCCGCCUUGCUCAAUUCCAUGCUCUCCGCUUCACGCCGUGGUUGGAUCAUUGAAGGUCUAGACGAGACUAGAUGAAGCCGAAUCAACAAAACUUGUAUUGCAUUGAUGUUGUAUGAUGGAUUACUGGGGAGAGGUCCGCGAUGCAUUCAGUCUAAAAAGAGAAGCUUCUUGGUUUCUUGAACAUGAACGUAGGGCAGUUUAUAAAAGAAACAAUUUGCGUCUCUUUGGUCACAAAUAAAAGUUUGUAGGUCCCUUUUGUUUUUCCUGUGGUGAAAGUUUCUAAUGGAGUGCAUGCAUCGUUUGUUUAUGGUGUGUUGUAGAUGGAUGACUCCCCUUCCUUGUCGCCUUUGCAGUAAAAAAGAGGAAGUGUGUUUAAGACCACACUGUGUUGAUUCUUGAACCAUAAGAAUUAAGAAGUGUUUUUUGCUUAUAAACAUUUUACUAGAUAUUGAUAAAUAAAACAUGGAGGUAUCAGUGCUCUCUGAAAGCUCUUUCCGUUGUAUAAAUCUAUACUAUAAGUUUAACCUUGCCGACCA